GGGGAUGGAGAAAGGAGAGGCAUGUGGACUAUGUACACCAACGGGCGAUUAGGUAACCAGAUGGGAGCAUUUUCAACCUUACUUGGACUAGCAAAUAUAAAUGGAUAUCAGCCAUAUAUAGGCCAAGAUAUGUAUGAUUUUUUAGCACCUUAUUUCCAGAUUACUAUUCCGCUGAUUCAUGAAGCUGUGAGUCAAAAGAUACACUGGAAAUCUUAUUGGGUUCAUGACUGGAUUUCCCCUGAGCACAAAACAAUUAAGGGGAAAUUUGUCAAGCUGCUUGGAUAUCCAAACUCAUGGACAUUUUAUGACCACAUAACAGAUGAAAUUAGAAAACAGUUUACUGUUCAUGACUUCAUCAAAGAGAAAGUUAAUCAAUAUCUUCUUAAAAUCAAGGGGAAUCGGAAAAAUGUAACCUUUGUUGGUGUACAUGUUCGGAGGGGAGACUAUUUGUAUACAAUGCCCAAUACUUGGAAAGGGGUGGUUGCUGAUCUGGACUACCUGGAGAAAGCCAUGAAGUAUUUUAGAGAAAAGUACCAAGAUCCUAUAUUCAUCACAACAAGUGAUGGAUUAGACUGGUGCAAGCAGAAUAUGAAUAACUCUAAGGGUGACAUUUACUUUCCAGGUGAUGGAGAAUCAGCUGAUGCAGGAGAAGACCUGGCAAUGCUUAUACAUUGCAACCACACCAUCAUGACCAUUGGAACGUUUGGAUACUGGGCUGGUUAUUUAGCAGGUGGGGAGGUCAUCUACCUUGACAAAUUUGUGCUUCCUAACUCUCCUUUCCUGGAAGUCUUUAAGUAUGAAGCUUUUUAUCUUCCUAAUUGGAUCGGCAUUCCUGCUAACCUGUCUUCCUUACAAAAUCCCAGGUAG